AUGGCAUCUUCGCCUGUCCCCGAGGAUUUGGGAGGAGACGACAUACUCCCUUCGCUGUCGCUGGUGUACCAGGCAGCCUCUGCCCUGGGCCGGAUGAUUCAAGGAAUCCGCACAGGUGUGCCUUACAGGCACAGCGAUGACGACGGGGUCAUGGAAAACCCGGUCCUAAAGGCUGCUCUUUGGCAGGCAGCCUACGUCAUAGAGAAGGCCUACCAGCGACGAUAUCGUGUUCCUUGGACAGCAAAACGCUACAGCUCUCGACUUACACCUCGACAGGAUGGCCGAAAUAUCACCCGCGAAGAGGCGCUGAUGAAGGAGUUCCCACCUGGAGACCAACUCCAAGGUGAAAAUCCGCUACCAGAGCUGCUUCCAACGACGAUCGUCGAUGCCGAUGAUCAUGUCCUGUUUUGCUACCUCCCCAGCUGUAUUUCACCAGCGAUCAUGAAGAUCCUGGAUGCGGCUGUUGGUACGUUGGCUACCAGGAAAGACGGGCUCUUGGAUAGGAAGAGAAAGGCAAGAGAAGCGGAGCAGGAAAGGUUGGAGAGGGAUAGGGCAAAGGGGAAGGGUAAAGAGUCAGCAAACGACCAGGAAAAGCCCUCGGGCAAUUGGAGAGAGUCACCGGAGCUGUUCAGAAAGGAGUCGAACAUGAUUCCUGGGGUCUUGACGUUUUCCCCGGCAUGGUGGCCUGUGGGCCACGAGAACCAACUUCCAGGGCCAGCGUCAACUGUGAAAUCUGCGAAGGGAGAAGGGCGAGGAUUCCUAGGGGAGAUCGCCCUCGCAUCCGCGGUCAUUGGGGCUAUACUGUCGCAGACCAACGGGGCGUUAUUCACGAACGGAAUGAGGGUGAUCGAAGAGCUUUAUUCGAACAGUCGACUCACCAAAGACCAUGCUAUAGUGGCUAAGGUCGUCGAGAUAUGGUUUUCGCCUUUCAGCUCGACUACGCUUAUCGUCAAUCGCGAGACACCUAUCCACCGCGAUACAAGUGGACCGAUGGAGGGAAUGGAACUGUUGGUCACAGGGGGAAACUAUUCGAAUGGAAGGUUCGUCACGCCCGCUUUCAAUCGUAGCUGGGUUUACAAUCCUGGCUGCGUCGUCGCUUUGAUGGGCAAGAUUGUACCCCACGGGGUCCCCCGUGUCGACGGUGAAAGAUAUUGUAUGGCGUACUUCUGGCGCGAAAAACUAUUCGACGCCGCUGGGGUUGAUUUCCCAUACGCGCCCAAGCUUUCUGACAUUUCGGACAACAUACACGCGUCACUCAGGUGGUCUAGAGAUUAUGUAGGUAAUUAG